AAGAAGAAGAAGAAGAAGAAGAAGAAGAAGAAGCAGAAGAAGAAGAAGAAGAAGAAGACGCGGAACUCUGAUUGACUGUUUCCAAGGAGACCACCAACACUACGGUCAGUGCUGAGGGUGAAAGACAGACAAGAUGUCAUUUGUAUUCGACUGGAUCUACAGGGGGUUUAGUAGUGUUUUACAGUUCUUAGGUCUGUACAAAAAGUCUGGGAAGCUGGUUUUCCUGGGCCUGGACAAUGCUGGCAAAACAACUCUCCUACACAUGUUGAAAGAUGACCGACUUGGCCAACACGUGCCAACGCUGCAUCCAACUUCUGAAGAGCUGUCGAUUGGUGGGAUGACAUUUACUACAUUUGAUCUGGGGGGACAUGUACAAGCUCGAAGAGUGUGGAAGAACUACCUGCCGGCUGUGAAUGGAGUCGUUUUUCUCGUCGACUGUGCGGAUCACGACAGACUCUCCGAAUCUAAGAUUGAACUCGACGCUCUCCUCGGAGACGAGACUAUAGUCAAUGUGCCAGUGUUGGUGCUUGGUAAUAAAAUUGACCGCCCCGAGGCCGUCAGCGAAGGAGGACUGAGAGGAGCUUUUGCUCUUGAUGGUCAAGUUACCGGAAAGGGAAAUGUCUCUCUGAAGGAGCUGAACGCCCGGCCGCUGGAGAUUUUCAUGUGCAGCGUGUUGAAGAGACAAGGCUAUGGGAAGCCAAAAAAGGAGAAGAGACAGCACGUCCCACAAGAUAAAGGCAAAGAUGAUGUGGAAAAUGAGUCAAACCGAAACAGCUCACUGAUGAGUGCGCUGUGAAUAAUGUGUUUCUCACUUUCACUGUCUCGUUUAAUUUUGUGCAUCUUUUCCUCCUUUUCCUCAACCCAAAGGGAUGCUACGUGUUGCGUUGAAGGCAGCUAAUUCAAAGUGUGUUAGUUGGACUGAAAUCAGUCUUCAGGAUCUUUUGACUCAAAGAUAAAAAUGUUCACGCCGAGCUUUUAUGACGUUCGAUGGCUACCCUUGCUUUAGGAUAUCAUGAAGGCUGUAAUUUUGCAUUACCCUUAAAAUGUCGGAAGGCAAUAAAGUAGAAUGACCAAGUGUACUGUCGCAGAGACAAUCUUACUCCUCUGUAUUUGAAAGUAGGGAAAAAUAUAUAUGUAGUUCUGAGCCUGGUAAAUGAAGUCAUUAAUUGUUCUUUGUUAUUUAUUCCUUUUUUAAUAUACAGCCCGAGCAAUAUAUCUGCAUGUAAUCAGCAUGUAGGCUGUGCAACAGAGUUUAAGUGCUGCAGACGAUGCACUUUUUGACUAUCUGAAAAAGAUAUGAGAGUGCACUUGCAAACGUGCUAACCUGUAAAUGAAUAUUCUAAUCUUCUGGAUUUUUUGAGUCUGUGCAUGUGAACAUGCCUACAUUUUUACAACGUCCUGUGUAAAUGUGUAUCCUCAUUAUGAGACGCUGGAAAUGGAACAUUUGAUAAUUUUACCCCAUUUGCCGUCUCCUGCGUCCCAUGUUUACAGUGUAACAUUCGUGCUUAUUAAUAUAUGCAGGGAUGUUUGUGACUGAGAUGAAAAGGAAAAGCAGAUUUUAUACGGGGAACGUUGAGUGUUUACUGAGAUACAGUAUGCAUGAAAACAAACGGCUUUUUUUUCCCCUUUGAACAGUGUUCUGUACCAGUCGCUGAACUCCUGUAAAUUAUGUAUGAUACAGAUGUAAAUGUUUGUACAGUAACUGCCUCUAAACUGAUACUAAUAAAGCACUAGAGAUAUUUAUGGCAGAUUAACUUGAACAAUAUAUUUGCAGCCAUUAAUCUGUGCAAAUAGUUUCAACUUGAAUGACAACAUGCACACGUCCAGAUAGAUCUACGUGAGGAGGGGUUCACAUGUUGUAAUAAAAAUGACUUUUGUUUUGCACUCAACA